AUGUCCGUUGCAAUACACCAAGCUGGGUGGCACCUAAAGCGGAAUCUGCAAAUUUAUGGGCUACUGGCAUUUUCCGGCAUUGCACUUGCUAUAAUCACACAUCUUCUUCGCAGAUUUGCGAUAGAGACUCUAUCUAAAGUUCACGGAAUUGCUGCCGUUCUUGUUGGCGUAACUGUUUUGUGCCACCUGAUACAAUCUAAGAACUUCCCACAAUUAGGAGUUCUGGUUUCUAGCGUCGCUAUUCUUCUCCUCUUUGUACUCCGGUGGGUAUUGCUUCUCAUUCGGAAUGUCAAGUACGGGAAAGUCGCAUCUCGUGCAGUCAUCAUUCGGAUUAAACAUGCUGGUGCCGUUCGAGUCGUGAUCCCAAUCAACCGACCAUUCCGGGUUCAACCUGGAAUGAUCGUAUACAUAUGGAUGCCUGGUGUCAGCUUGCGCUCUGCUAUCCAGACAUAUUCCUUCCCGAUAUCUUGGUGGGACAACGAUAUAAAUGGAAACGCCACAAGUAUCACGCUGCUGGCGCGUAAGGAAAUGGGCCUCGCGCAAAGUCUGAUGGAUCAUCCGAGAAGCGAGUUCUUGACUUGGUUGGAUGGACCGUACGGUCGUCCAGAGGGAAUCGCAGGUUAUAACCGGGUUCUUUUCAUUGGCACUGGCAUUGGAAUUGCUUCAUUGCUAUCCUAUAUUAGGCUCUCAGUGGAGAGUAAUAUUUAUCACCACACAAAUUGCGAUAUAUUCAUUGUGUGGGAGGUUGAUGAUGAGUCAAACCUCGACUGGAUAUACGACUGGAUGGAUGAGCUUCUUCGGAAGGACAAUGGGGCUUAUAAGCUUCGUUUCGCGCUACAUAUACCAUCCGCCCGACCUGCUCAGGACACUCACGAAAUGUGGAAUAGCAAGCACGGGAGAAUUUUCAGGCUCCAUUCCGCUGUGAAUGCGAAGGAUGCUAUCCCUAAUGACUUUUUUAAAGAUAAAAGAAAGGGGUUGAUUGCUGUCUGCGCAGAAGGAAGUAUCGUCACAGAACUUUCUGGGCUCGUAGCCCAUGAAAUGACAGGAUUGGUGAACAUUGUCGAUCUUCAAUUCCCAUCAGCCAGCAUUGAAGGAGGCUGUACUCAAGCUUCACCUCCUGUAAAGUUUUAUUCUACAGAGAAUGGUGGUCAGGUGCACAGCGGUAUAGAUCCUCCAACGACUCACACCUGGACAGAGGAUUCGUACACGGAAUACAGUGGAAGCCGACCUACACGUGAAAAUGGGAAAUACAGUUAA